UGUUGAUCUCCAUGUGUUGUCUUGUUUAUUUGUUCCGUUGUUAGAAAAUUGUUCAAUCCGAUGUUCAAUCUUUUGCGAUUUGUUAGGGUUUGUAAUUUUGGGUGUUACCCGAAAUAUUUGGGUUUUCCCCAACAUGCCAAUUCGAUAAUUAGGUCUUUCUGCGAGUCGGCAAACAAUGUCUGUGAUCAACAGCGAUCUCAGACAUUGUCUUUUUUGAUAAAUUCCUGCAAACUGUCCCCUGUAGCUGCUACAGUUGUGUCCGAAAAGCUAAUCCUCAAAUCCCUGAGGAAUGCAGAGUCUGUGUUAACCAUCCUCAAAACUUAUGGUUUCAGUGAUGUACAAAUCACUAGAUUAGUAACUAAGUAUUCCAAGUUACUCUCCUCCCACCCUGACAAAACUGUUUUGCCUAAACUCAGAUUUUUCGAUUCAAUAGGCAUGCCUCAUCAUGUUCUAACAGGGAUGAUUAGCAGAUGCCCUACUCUUCUAGGUUCCAGCCUUGACAAAUGCAUCAUCCCAUUUUAUGAUUAUCUGAAGAAUAUAUUGCAAAGUGAUAAGAAGGUAGUACGUGCAUUCAGUACCAUAGGGCCGCAUUCUCUUACGACUACUUUAAAUCAUCGUGCUUCUGCUAAUGUCGAUAUCUUGAGGAAGUAUGGAGUGAGUGAUUCUAACAUCAAGUUUUUGCUGGAAUAUCAUUCUAAUGUACUGACGAGGAAAAUUGAUUGGGUUGUUAAGGCAGUGGAAAGGGCUAUUGAAUUGGGGAUGGACACCUCUAAGUUUUCCUUUAUCCUUGCAGUCCAUACACUUUCUUGCUUGAGCAAGUCAGCUUGGAAGCGCAAGGAAGAAUUGUAUCGUAGAUGUGGUUGGUCGGACCCUGAUAUCCUUACGGCCUUUUCACUUCAUCCGUAUUGUAUGCUGGUAUCUGAGGAUAAGAUUAUGCGCACAAUGGAGUUUCUUGUGAAGGAGAUGGACUGCCAACCAAAAGAUAUAGCUAAAACUCCACGGGUCCUUUUGUACUGUUUGGAUAAGAGAGUCGCACCCAGAUGCCGGGUCAUUAAGCUCUUGAUGGAAAAGGGUUUGUUAGAGAGAUCCUAUAAACUUUCAUCUUUGAUUUCUUACAGUGAACAUUGUUUCCUGGAGAGAUUUGUUAGGAAACACGGCCAUGUUCCUGAGCUUCUGGAAGUUUAUCGCGGCGUUAGGGCUCAAUCGAUUGGCAAUAGAAUGAAAAACUUAUAGAUACGUAAGAGACGAUCUAGUGGUGUGAGAAUGGACUAAUGACUGUGAGAUUAUGGAUUCAAACUCGGACGCUUUCAGGUCUUGUCUGUUAUAUAUGAUUAUUUUUAUAGAUACUCUAUGUAUAAAUAUGUUGUUUUCGCAUUGAGGCUCAUUUUUCACCUAGCAUACUCUAGCGGAAGUUCUUCUCAAAAUAAAUCAACUUGUAUGUUA